GAUAUACACAACGCCACCAGGCUCGUUUUACUUGCUACCAAAUUCGCAAAUAGGGUUGUUGGGCUGCUAAUUGCCAAAUCUAUUCACAGUUUAGACUUUAGAGAGAAAGAGAGUGAAAGAGCAAACCUUUUCUUGUCCAACAAUCUUCCCUCAACUCGACGCUUGCCUCUUCGAUUUUCAGAGGAGGGUUCAAUGCCGUGCCGUCGCCCUCAGUAGGCCCCAAGAAGACCAUAUAUAGAUAUCGGCAGCGAUGGCUCUCCCUAUUGGGAAGCUGACCAUCCUCGUUGGUGCAGGUCUUCUUGGUUCAGUGCUUGCAAAAGAAGGACGUGUGUCAACUGUAUCUGAUUAUGUCUCAGGUGCUUUUAAGAUUGUUCUGAAGCAAAUUAGACAAGAUAAUUCUCCCCCCUCAGUUAAUAAGCCACGGGGUGACUCUCUAAUGGCUCAGGUUAACAGCUUGCGGCAGGAGUUGCAAAUGUUGGCAUCAAAUACACCAAUUACAAUUGUAACUGCGAGUGGAAGAGGUGGUGCCAAAUAUGGUGUAAUUGUCGUUGUGGUAGUUUUAGGAUAUGGCUAUGUUUGGUGGAAGGGCUGGAAACUCCCUGAUAUGAUGUUUGCGUCAAGGCGUAGUUUAUCUGAUGCUUGCACUUCUAUAGCUAAACAGCUUGAGACUGUUUAUUCAUCAAUCCAGGCCACCAAGAGGGGAAUAUCUUCAAGAAUGGAUGUCAUGGAUUCUACUAUGGAUGAAUGUGCAGCAAUUACUGCGGAGACACAAGAGGAGGUUUCUGAACUACGGAAAAGAACAGAUUUUGUUGGUGUGGAUGUUAUAAAUAUUCAUGAUGCAGUCCAGACUCUGGAAAAUAAGAUUAGUAGAAUUGAAGGGAAGCAGGAUCUUACAAAUGAAGGAGUAAGGAGGUUGUGUAAUUAUGCCUGGAGCAUGCAAAAUGGCAGAAUCACAGAAAGUAUUCAGACUGGAUCUUCACCUCCUGUUUUAUCGCCUGAUCCACUGUCCUCAGACUCUGGUGGAUCUCAGCAGGUUAAACGCCCCUUGCUGAAUGCUGUCUCAUUACCGGGUCUACAGGAUAUUGAUGGAAUUUCAGAAGUGGUUGAGGCCUCAGCCUCAAGCAGUGGUGAGGGUACUAAAGGGGUUCAUGCCCGCAAAGACACAAGUAACGGGGCUUCAGGUUCUGGUCUGUUCGGGCUCAGGUUUCCUGGCUUUAGUGCUUCAUUUUUGACAAGAACACGUUCUGCAACAAGUGCAGUAGUAGAAGAAUCGCGUUCACGUAGUCAACAGUCGUGAGGAUCAUUUGUGUCGAUCACGAUUAGAAUAUCUAUAUAAUAUCAUUGGACUCUCGCUUUGGGAUAAAGCUUUCAGAGAUUAGUUAUGGCUGGCCUCAAGCCCUCCAGUAAAUAUAGGUUGUGCCCAUGCCAAAUUAAUGGAUACCGGACUGGGUACUGAAUUUUGUAGAGCUGCUGUUUGUGAUGUAUACCAUUUAGUUACGAUUAUUUUUUUGAUGUGUAACUAAAAUUAUAUGGUUUUUCUUUUUUUCGUCUAUAGAAUGGGGGCUGCUGGAAAGAUAGGUUUUGGCAAAUAAAGGUAGGUUUCCAGAAUUAAGCAUAACUUGUCUGUCUGUUAAUGUAAUGUUGACCCCCAGGGAUAAUGAUAUUAGCCUGCUAUAA